UUGAUAACUACGUUUAAUAGUUUAGUACUUUAGCCCAUGACGAGGGUGAAUUCGUUUUAAAAUAUUAUACGUGUUCAUUUUGGUCUCAUUACAUUUUCAUAACUUGUCCAAUUGCGAGUGCUAGUUUUCAUCACUAUGAGAUUUCAAUUGAGAUUGAUUUUUGUAAUACUGAAGUUCGUUUUCUAUUUACCGACAAACGUUAAUGGCCGGGGCGAUGAAGAAGUCGUUGAAGAAUCAUUACAAAGUAGAAAUAUAUCUAAUCAUAAAAAAUUGUACGACACGGUUGUACGCAGACCAACAGCCGCCGAAAUAACCAAUGCGAUAUCGGAUCCGAAUCUUUUUCAAGAAAUUCAAGCUGAAAGUUUGCAUAAGUUCUUCUUUACUGGACAGUAUCCAAGUGGCUUUAUCCAAUUGUUGAACACGUACGAGACAUUGAGUCCUAACCCCAUUAAAUUAAGUGAUGGUGAAAUUUUAAUGCUGACUUUUAAAUAUGACCGCGGAUCGCUGAACAGGAGAAUUGUGACACAAUUGAAAUUUUACCGAAAGAUUCAAGAAAUACAGUGCAUGAGUUAUGUACUUCUAAAUGUCGUCUUACCAAAAGUCAAGGAUGCCGGUUUAAAGAGUGUUUCCGAUUACGUGUACUAUAUGAUAGACAUGUCGUACAAAGGAAAAUUCGUAGUGACCCCUUGGCUUUGGGAUUUGUAUAUAAAACUUUUAGGACUACGGCAGUCCAAAUUAGAUCCCCAAACAUUUUUAGAAACACACUUAACAGGGAUUAACGAAACCCUACAAAAAAUGAUAACGUCGUGUCGAGUAUAUAACUAUCUAAAGGAAGAGUUUGACUACUCCAAUCAAGAUGUGUUGAUGAAAAUGUAUUUGGAUAUGCAUGACCGAUCAUAUCAAUAUUUCAUCGAGAACAACGAAUCUCAAAAACUGUUUAUCCGUACCGUUGAAAAUUUUUUUGUGCGAACCCAUGGAAGAUAAAAGCGGCUUGGUUUCCAGAUCAACUAAAUCUUCAGACUGGCUUUGUCUUUAAUUGGAAGAAUAUAUAUGAUGUACUCCAAAAUGAAAUGGCUUAUAUCAAUGACCAACACGCUAAAAGAGAAUGGAUAACACAACCGUCGAAAUACAUAAAAUAUCACGAAAUAAUUUUGGACGUGGUACUAGCAAAUUUUUACAGUUAUAUUUGGCUGCACUUAGUUGUUUAUCAAAAAACUGGAAUUAAGGCUCUACUAUAUCAUGAAGUGUUUAUAGAUUUAUUAACAGCGAGUAGUGUACUUCAUUUUAUUUAUAUUGAAGACCAAAUACUUAACGAAGUACUAAUUUUACUGAGUCAAAUAUAUUUACCCGACGACGAGAAGAUAAAUGAACUUGUAAACAUAUUAUCAGAGGAAGUAAAUCGUAUUUUGAAAAAUGUUUCUGGUCCAAAUUAUCCACGAUUUAGAAAGGCCAUAAUUCAUGAAGUAUUCGUUAUUGAAAAAAGUGAAAACAAAGUUUCCGAAUUUCUUAAGUACCACGCUAUGAGGUUUGAACAAUUCGUUGAGGAUACUAUAGAUAUUUUAAGUGGAUUCAAUUUAAGUCUUUUGUCAUUUUACAUAAACGGAAACGAAACCGUUGAUUUUGUUUUCCCGAAUAAAGGUACUGUACUAUAAUCUGUAUAAUAAGAAAAACUUAUUUAAACUUUAUUUUAAAACAAUUUAACUGUUUACUAAAUGUAAUAUGCCUCUUUACUAAAAAAAAUAAUGUACGCUUAUUUUGAUUCAUAAUAAAUAUUUUUAUUGCAUUGA